UAACUCCAGUUACAUUCUUUAAUAUAUUUCACGUAGUUGGCUGAAGUUUGAUUGGUUGUUUUGUUUGAUCCAGACUGUGAGCUGUAACACGAAAAAUGCCUAAGGAAGGAUUUGGUCCACAUGGAAAUGAAUAUAAAUAUGAGGAACCAGAGUUCAGGGUAACAGACGAAGUGCGUCGUUCAUUUGAUGAUAAUGGAUUCAUAAUUGUCCGCGGACUGAUGGACAGUGUUGAGACAGGCAAAAUAAAAAAAUCACUUGAAGAGUACGGGCUUGUGGAAAAAUAUUCAUACGGGGUACCAGAUUCAAGCGGAAGAGAGCCGCGCGUGCUACUAUGGAGUUAUUGCGGAAAUGACGUUCUAGGCUUAGUGCCGCGAUGUGAAAAAGUAGUAUCUACGUGCGAACAGCUGAUGGGCGGAGACGAGCUUUACCACUAUCACACGAAAAUAAUGAUGAAAGAUGCCAAGAAAGGCGGUAGCUUUGAGUGGCACCAGGAUUAUGGAUACUGGUAUAAGAAUGGGGUGUUAAAACCUGAUUUGAUGAGCAUGUUCCUAGCUGUUGAUCCGUGCGUAAAAGAGAACGGAGGAUUACAGGUUCUUGUGGGUAGUCAUAAGGCUGGCCGAAUUGAUCAUAACUUUGACGGUGGCCAACAGGGGGCCGACAAAGAAAGAGUCGAACAUUUAAAGAAAGUCUAUGAACACUUUCAAGUUAAUCUACAACCCGGGGACGCCAUUUUGUUUCAUAGCAACCUUCUUCACUCGAGCGGACCUAACGACAGUGCGCAAAGACGCUGGGCCUUUAACUGUUCAUACAACAAGAAAAGUAACAACCCUGUGAAGAAACAUCACCACCCGUGUUACAAUAAACUAACAAAGGUGUCCAAUAAUGCCAUAAAAGAGUGUGAAAUCUACUGUGAACCUGAAGGCAAGGACUUUGUGGAUCCAUCAACGGACGAGACAGUAAAAGCCGGAAGUAAACCUGCCGAGGAAAAAUAGGCCACGUACUGACAUUAUACGCCCAUUACGGACAUUAUAGGCCAAUUACUGACAUCUGAUGCUUGUUGAACUGAUUAUUACAAUUUGAUUGCCGUAUUACGGAAAACGCACUAGUCUUUACAUGUACAUGUAAUAAAUACGUUAGCUGUAUCUUCAAAUAACAAACAGAUAUACUUGUAUAUUAGCAUAUACUCGUAAUGUUACUAAGCUGUUUAUAUGCAUGACCAUAGUCUACCCUCAAAACAUGCAUUAUAUAAAAUCAAAUCAAAUGGAACAAAUAUAAUAGAUGACAAA